AUGGUGGUGUGCUUUUUCCUGAAUCUGACCGGGCAGCUGUGCUACGUCCGAGCGCCCGCUGAAGUCCACCAGUCUCUCUACUGUAAAGGGUCAGAAUCCCUCAGUUCCUUCAUGGUCACUGGUGCAGAGGAGCUGGUCAGCAAAGUCAUCCAACUCGGGGUCCAAGAUGGCGCCCGAGUGACUUUCCCCAUUGCGGUGGUCAUCCCCUUCUUCACCCGCUAUCGUGGCAACUGCAGAGUUCAUUGUAAAGCUGGUGGAUAA